AUGGCGAAUUCCUCAACACCACUAACUGAAGAGGAGAAGAUAACCUAUCUCCUCUGCACAAUGGCCGGCAGACCAUUCCCAUUCACCACCCCCGCCGCCGCCAUCAACACCAUCGACGACGUCGACGAGUGCAAAGAGCCGUGGGAGAUUUCCGCGGGGCCCGCGGACCAAGAAUACAACUUCUACACGAAGCUCAGGAACAACGUCGGGCAAAGUGAAAAGCCCGUGGGAGAAGGAAUAUGGAAAUUCUACGACCAAAGCUCGAUUUUUCUGAUGAACGGGAGACACGACCCGCCCAUUGGAUCUGUGAGAAAGUUCCGGUACCAUAACAAGAGGAACGCCAACGAGAGUCGCAAAUGGAUCUUGAAAGAAUAUACUAUUGCCGAUAGAUUCAAGUGUUGCGUACCGAAAAAUAAUGAGGAUUACGCGCUUUGUACGAUUGUUAAGAAAGUGUCCGGUCGAGAUGCGGGAGGUUCCUCCUCGGGUUUGGUAACUAGAAAUCUUUUGCAGGGUUUUUUCGAUCAAACGUUGAGAGAGAACUCGCAAUAG